AUGCAACCUUGGGCCUUGAUCAGUCCCGCAUCCCGCGGCAUUGGUCUUCAUCUUGCUCGCCAUUUGCUCCAGAAUACGAAGCUGCCAAUUGUGACUACCGCACGAACGGACUUGGAUCAAGCCAAGGAACAAAUCCUCAAUGGCUUGCAUGAUGUCGACGAAAAGCGAGUUCACAUCUUGAAGUUGGAUGUCCUUGACGAGUCCACGAUUCAGGAUGCCGCAUCCGCUUGCAGUGACCUGUUUCCCAAGAAGGAGCACUACUUGCAUUUAUCUUAUGCUGUUCCCGGCAUCUUAUUUCCCGAAAAGUCUCCUCAGCAGAUUGAUUAUGAUGAUGCUCUCUUGACUUUCCGGACAAACACUUUGGGUCCCAUGAUGAUGCUCAAACACUUUAGCCCUUUCUUGCCGCGGAAGUCGACACAGCUUGCCCAGGAUCCGUCAUUACCUAAAACAGCUGUUUGGGCCACCAUGUCUGCUCGUGUGGGCAGUAUCACUGACAACCAGCUGGGAGGAUGGUACUCAUAUCGUGCAUCCAAGGCCGCUGUCAAUCAGGUCACAAAGACCUUUGACAACCACUUGCGUACACAGUCUGGCGAAAAGGCUAUGGCGAUCAGCCUGCACCCGGGCACUGUCAAGACAGACUUCAGCAAGGAGUUCUGGGGUGGUGUCAAGGAAGGCAAGCUCUUUAGUCCCGAGUUCUCGGCAGGGAAGCUGUACGAAGUUGUAGUAGACAGGACUCUUGACCACAGAGGCAAGUGCUUCGACUGGAAGGGUGAGGAGGUUCCGCCCUAG